AACAGUUCCCUAUUUGGCUUUAUUAUUUUAUUUUUUUCUCUCGCGAAUUCCAACCAUUCUCUGUAAAACCGACCAUUAAUUAAUUGUAGCCUUGCCUCCUCCCCUUUCUGCAUUAUAAAGAAAAGCAAGUAAAACGGACCUCUAUAUUUCUCCAACCGUAGAAAGGUCUCUGAUCCCUCUGCGUCCUUAAAUGCUCAACUUCCUCUUUUCAUUAACUUUUCCUUCAAACUAUCAUCCCCAGAAGAAAACUCGGUUACUUUCUCUUUUCCUGCAAUUUUUUAUCUGACUAGUAGUCUCUGCAAUCUUUCUUUUCGCAGAUCUUUUAUCAACCCUAGAGAAAGCUACUAAAUAAUUUCCUAUUCACCCUAAAAACCCCUAUUCUAAUCAAUAAUCAUAAGGCACUCAUGAUAUAAUCACAAACACUCCUUUUCAGUUCUCCUUAAAAGUUAGCUCUCCUUUCAAUGUUCUAAUUCCUAUCAAAUUUCUUCACAUUCCCUAGCUCUUUUUUCCUGUCAAGUAUUGACUAACCAAGUGACUAACUUAGAUCUCAAUCGUCCUCAUGUUCUCAAGAUUGAACCCUAUGAUGAGAACCGGAACAAGUUUGCCUGAUCUUUCUCUGCAGAUCAGCCCACCAUCUGCCCCAGAUUGUGAGACCAAGGAAUUAGGAUUUGAUGGAUUGCCAAGAAAUGCUCUCUAUAGUGAUGGGAGCUCAGCAACUGACUCCGGUAGCAGUGGAAGUGAUUUGAGCCAUGAAAAUGGCUUCUUUAAUCCAGACAGAAGCACUUGUAAUCUCGGCCCUUGUGAACCAACGUUGAGCUUAGGAUUCGAAAUGGUUGAUUUAGCUCCUCCUCCCUCACUACAACUACCAAGAAACCUUGAUCAUCAUCAGCAAUAUCAACCUCAAAUCUAUGGCCGUGAGUUCAAGAGGAAUGCGAGAGUGACUACUGGACUGAAAAGAAGCAUUAGAGCUCCCAGAAUGAGAUGGACGACAACCCUACAUGCCCAUUUUGUUCAUGCGGUCCAGCUUCUUGGAGGCCAUGAAAGAGCAACUCCAAAAUCUGUCUUAGAGUUGAUGAAUGUGAAGGAUCUAACCCUAGCUCACGUGAAGAGUCAUUUGCAGAUGUAUAGAACAGUGAAGAGCACUGACAAGAGAUCAGGUCAAGGGCAGGUAGAUACUGGUUUAAACCAAAGAUCGGCAGUUGUUGAUCAUGUAGAUGGAGGAUUAUCUUGUGGAAAGACUGAUACCAACCCUUCUUCUCACAACCCAGUACUAGCAUCUUCACAGGGAACACAGCAAAAACGCCAAAGAGUGUCAGUGGCAUCAAUGGAGUCAGACGAGAGGAGUAUAUCAGACAAUGUAAAUGCUUUGACAUAUUCUCCUUUCAAGGCGAUUGAUAGUAAGGCGGACGGACGCAAGGCAGCCCUCCAUGUGGCUGAUCAUAGAGUGGUGGAGAGGUUUGAUUCUAACUCCUUGGCAUCUUCUGACAAAUUCCUUAAUCUAGAGUUUACCCUUGGAAGGCCAAGUUGGCAAAUGGACUGUGCUGAAUCCUCCAAAGAGUUAACCCUUCUCAAGUGUUAGAAAGUCUCUAAUUCUAUCAAUUGAUAUAACGUUUUUGGCUUUUCGAUGUGAAGGAAUUAGUUUCUAAUUACUUUGCAUUGGCAAGUUUUGACUGAACUUUAGAAAAUUAAUGUACGUAGCUAAAUCUAAUGUCUACUGAUUUUCGUUUGUUGUGUAAAACAUUAAUUAUUCAUCCUAAAUUCUGCUGUACUACUCAUCUCGAUAGGCCAUGGUCUAUAAUAAUGGUCCUUGACAGGGGGCCAUGGCUCACUGUUGGUCCAGAGUAAUAUGGAAAGGUAGGAAGAAUUCUAGUG